AUGAGGAGGGGGAACCAGAGCAGUGUGCCUGAGUUCAUCCUCCUGGGGCUCCCCAUCCAGCCAGAGCAGCAGGACACCUUCUUCACCCUGUUCCUGGCCAUGUACCUGACCACGGUGCUGGGGAACCUGCUCAUCAUCCUGCUCAUCAGGCUGGACUCUCGCCUCCACACCCCCAUGUACUUCUUCCUGUGCCACCUGGCCUUCUCUGACAUCUCCUUAUCAUCUGCCACUGUCCCAAAGAUGCUCAGCAACAUGCAGACUCAGCACCUGUCCAUCCCUUAUGAGGGGUGCAUUACUCAGAUUUAUUUUUUCUUGCUCUUUUUAGCUGUUGACAACUUCCUUCUUGGAGUGAUGGCAUAUGACAGGUAUGUGGCCAUCUGCCACCCACUGUACUGCAUGAUUGUCAUGAGCAAGGACCUGUGUGACUUAUUGGUGUCUGGAUCUUGGUUCCUCUCUUGUAUGUGUGACCUGAUGCAUACCCUGUUCCUGAAAAGGACCAUGAGGAAGGGGAACCAGAGCAGUGUGUCUGAGUUCAUCCUCCUGGGGCUCCCCAUCCAGCCAGAGCAGCAGGGCAUCUUCUUCACCCUGUUCCUGGCCAUGUACCUGACCACGGUGCUGGGGAACCUGCUCAUCAUCCUGCUCAUCAGGCUGGACUCUCGCCUCCACACCCCCAUGUACUUCUUCCUGUGCCACCUGGCCUUCUCUGAUAUUUCCUUAUCAUCUGUCACCGUCCCAAAGAUGCUCAGCAACAUGCAGACUCGGCACCUGUCCAUUUAUUAUGACGGGUGCAUCACUCAAAUGUUUUUUUUCUCACUUUUUGUGUGUGUUGACAAUUUUCUUCUUGGAGUGAUGGCGUAUGACAGGUAUGUGGCCAUCUGCCACCCACUGCACUACAUGAUUAUCAUGAGGGAGGAGCUGUGUGAUUUUUUGGUGGCUGGAUCUUGGUUCUUCUCUUGUAUGAAUUCCCUGCUGCACACCCUGCUCCUGUCCCACCUGUCCUUCUGUGCUGACAACAUCAUCCCCCACUUUUUCUGUGAUCUCAAUGAACUCCUGAAAUUGUCCUGCUCAGAUACUUCCCUCAAUGACAUAGUCAUUUUCAUUGGGACUCUUGCAGUUAUUUAUUUCUUUCCUUCCUCAAAUAAUUCCCAAGUUAAAGAUGUAAUUGCUUCAAUAAUGUAUACAGAGGUGACUCCCAUGCUGAACCCCUUCAUCUAUAGCUUGAGAAACAAGGACAUGAAGUUGGCUCUGGGGAUACUUUGGAAAAGACGAGUUAUUUUAGCAAAGUGA